AUGGGACAUAGAAAUAAUGUAACUGAAUUUGUCCUCCUAGGCCUCAUUCCGGAUCCUGAGGGGCAAAGAGCAUUAUUUGUCAUGUUCUUAUUUAUCUAUGUUGUGACAAUGGUGGGUAACCUGCUCAUUAUUAUGACUAUUUUUGCAAGCCCUUCCCUGGGCUCCCCCAUGUACUUCUUCCUUGCCUAUCUGUCGCUCAUGGAUGCCGUGUAUACCACUGCUAUUUCACCCAAGAUGAUUGCAGACUUGCUUCGUGAUAAAAAGACCAUUUCCUUCCCAGCAUGCAUGGGCCAGCUAUUCAUAGCACACUUUUUUGGGGGUGCUGAGGUCUUCUUGUUGGUGAUGAUGGCCUAUGAUCGAUAUGUGGCCAUCUGCAAGCCACUGCACUAUUUGACCAUAAUGAACAGGAGAGUUUGCAUCCUGCUCUUAGUGGUGUCCUGGAUAGGGGGAUUUUUUCAUUCUGUGUUGCAAAUUCUCUUUGUGUAUGAUCUGCCAUUCUGUGGCCCUAAUGUCAUCGACCACUUCAUCUGUGAUAUGUACCCAUUACUGGAACUUGCCUGCACUGACACCUACUAUGUUGGACUGACUGUGGUUGCUAAUGGUGGUGCCAUCUGCAUGGUCGUCUUGACUCUUCUUCUAAUAUCCUAUGGUGUCAUCCUAACUUCCUUGAAAAGUCACAGCCAGGAAGGCAGGCGCAAAGCCCUGUCUACUUGUGGUUCCCACAUCACAGUGGUAGUACUUUUCUUUGUUCCAUGUAUUUUCAUGUAUGUUAGGCCUGUUUCCACCUUUCCCAUUGAUAAAUCCAUAACUGUGGUAUUUACUGUCAUUACUCCCAUGUUGAAUCCUUUAAUAUAUACCUUGAGAAAUUCAGAGAUGAAAAAUGCAAUGGGAAAACUCUGGUGUACAGUAGUGACAAUGACUGCAAUAGUGCAAUCUAAUUUAUCAUUUGAUUACUAA